AUGCGCACUCUGCCAGUCUUUGCUGCUUUUCUAGCAACCGGCACGGCUCAGCUGUUCAACACCUUUGAUCUGCAACAAAUCCCGGCCUCUACCAUUCAAACUGUUCCUGUGGGCGUUGGAAAUCAAACCAUUGCACCGUCUAAGCGAGACGUAAGGAGCAAUCUCGUUGUGCGCGAUUGCUCCCCUCUUCCACCUGGGAGCGGCCCCGUCCCUUCUAUCGAUACAGACCAAGCCUUCCUAGCUGAUCCUGACUUCUCCAACGCGGCCAAUGCUGCUCUUACUCCCUCUGGGUGGUAUCAGACGUUCAAGAAUCUCCAAGCUGCAACCUCGGCUUCAGCGUAUCAGGGAUAUAACACCUAUGCGACAUACGACCCAGCGCGAUGUGCAUCCGAAUGCAUGAAGAUGAGCGGAUGCUCCGCUUUCAACAUCUUCUUUGAAAGAGACCCAAGUCUCGAUCCUGCAUCCCGCUGCCCAAACCCUCCCAGUACCACUGUCAUCAAGUGCAGCUUCUGGGGCGUUGGAAUUGGGCCAUCUACUGCUACAAACAACGGCCAAACUCGAAACGACUUCCAUGUUGUCAUUGCUGGAUCCAAUGGCUACCAACUCACGGCUCCCGAAUAUCCUGUUGCUGGCUACACCUCAACCUUCACUGACGCGGCUACCAUCAACGCCCCCUCGACCUGCAACAGCUACAUCACGUACAAGGCUCACACAGACGGAGCUUAUGACCCCUCUCUAUGUGCAGCCGAUUGUGCUAGUCAGAAGCAGGAGACCAACCCAUUUAAUGGCUUGACUUGCCAUUUCUUCACCAGCUACUUAUUGUUGAAGAAUGGUGUCACCCAAGCUCAAAUCUGCGCACUCUACUCGCGCACGUGGGACAAGACAUAUGCUACUAACACAGGAUACACCUCUGGAUCUGAUAUCUACUCAAUUCAAUACGCCUAUGCGUACUCUUACACCAACGAUCCUGGAACUCCUACUUGCCCUCAGGGCAGCUCCGGGCCGUCUUCAAGCACGACUGCCUCGUACAGCGGUGGCAUAUUAUCAACCACCGUAGCCGCAUCCGGCGUGGGCACUGCGAACACUGCCACUUCGAAGGCCACCACCCUCUCCACCUCUGUCAAGCCCGUUUCAACCAGCACAAGCUCAAUGGGGGGUUCCUCCGCUGCCUCCUUUUUGACGAGCUGCCCGAAUCCACUCAGCUAUAUCGUUGGAUACAGUGGCGGUCUCUAUGCUGUCUGCGUUGAUACCGACUUUCAGAUUUCAAGUCCUCAAAUCUUCUAUGGAUACCAGUCCAACCGCGACUGUGUCACCCAGUGUGAGAAGACAUCUGGCUGUACGAAGGCUGUUUUCAGACCAUCUACCCAGACCUGUUAUCUCAAGGGCAGUCCUGGUAUCCCCGCUUCAAACUGGGCUGUUAACUCCGGUUUCCAGACGCUUGUAAAAGUGGCCGAUGGUACUUCUCUUACUCAGUGUCUGGCACCGACUUAUACCAUUCCUUUCGGUCGCACUACUUACACGGUGUGCCCCGGUAGUGACUUUACAAACAACCCAGCCACAGACAUCUGGUACGGCGUUUGGAGUGAGGCGGCCUGUGUAGUUUUCUGUCGACUGCGACCUGGGUGCGCCAAAGUCGUGUACAACUCUGCAACCCAAACCUGCUAUAACAAGGGAAAUCCUUCAUUGGCCAGCGCUGGGUGGCACGUAAACACCCAGUUCCGUGCCAUUUACAUUUCUUGA